GGGAGGCGGCUUAAGCGUGUUUGGGAUCGGGAAGCUCGGCAAUCGGCUGCUCUGCCUUGGCGGAAAAGGAAGGAAGCAUCCCGGUCUAAACCUAUCGCUUGCCGAGGUCGCCAUCGCUUUCUAUCAUCUUUUCUGGUCAAGCGCCGGCGCUGCUGUCCGAACGCUGCCGACAUGUUUCGCAAUCAGUAUGAUAAUGAUGUCACUGUAUGGAGUCCCCAGGGUCGAAUUCAUCAAAUAGAAUAUGCAAUGGAGGCUGUCAAACAAGGAUCUGCAACUGUGGGGCUAAAAUCAAAAUCCCAUGCUGUUUUAGUUGCCUUAAAGAGAGCACAAUCUGAACUGGCAGCUCAUCAGAAAAAAAUCUUGUAUGUUGACAACCAUAUUGGUAUUUCCAUUGCUGGACUUACUGCUGAUGCAAGACUCUUAUGCAAUUUCAUGCGUCAGGAGUGUUUGGAUUCCAGAUUUGUAUUUGACAGGCCUCUUCCAGUAUCUCGAUUAGUGUCUCUGAUUGGAAGCAAAACACAGAUACCAACGCAGCGUUAUGGCAGGAGACCAUAUGGUGUGGGACUUCUUAUUGCAGGGUACGAUGAUAUGGGACCCCAUAUCUUCCAGACUUGCCCUUCUGCAAAUUAUUUUGAUUGCAAAGCAAUGUCCAUUGGUGCACGAUCCCAAUCAGCUCGAACUUAUUUGGAACGACAUAUGACCGAGUUUGCUGACAGUAACCUGAAUGAAUUAGUAAAGCAUGGACUGCGUGCUCUGAGAGAGACACUUCCUGCUGAACAAGAUCUAACUAUUAAGAAUGUUUCUGUUGGGAUUGUUGGUAAAGAAAUGGAGUUUACAAUUUAUGAUGAUGAUGAUGUAGCACCAUUCCUGGAAGGUCUGGAAGAAAGACCACAGAGAAAGCCUGCUCAGCCUGCUGAAGAUACAGCAGAAAAGCCCGAGGAACCAAUGGAGCACUAAAUGCACUGCAUAAUGUAUGCGUUACUUCAGAGGAAAUAAUGCGAGGAGCAUUAUUUGUAUUGUGGUAACAUUAAAAUUCAAGGCAAAAUGUAGUGAUAAAACACCAGUGUUUAAAAGAAUUACAAAAAAAAACCCCACCUUAUGUUGACAGAAAAAAAUAACUGACUUCUAUUAAGAAAUGAUGUCAUUUUCUAGAAAAGACUGAAAUACUGUUUUAUAUGAAAAAGCAUGUUGCUUUUAUGUUGUAAAAACAUCUCUGAAAUAAAUUUUCUUUUAUGAAAAA